AUGACAGGAGCUACAAGGCUGGUCUACCUGCAGGUUCUUUCAGCAGUCAUGACAGUUCAAGCAGCAGCAGCAGGGUCCUUGCUGGUGAAAAGGAGCACUGUGUCCCCAGCCUGUCCGGUGGGACAUUUCCCCUGCGGGAACCUCUCCAUGUGCCUGCCCCAGCUGCAGCACUGCAAUGGGGUCCAGGACUGCAGCAACGGGGCCGACGAGCUCAACUGCGAGGAUCUCAGCGGCUGGUCUGGCAUGUUCAGGGUGCAAGGAAUAGCUGACCCUCAGGGCUGGCAACAGGAGUGCUUCCUCAGUGAAUACCCCAGGGUCUGUGACUGUCAGGAGACAGAGCUGGAGUGCGUGGACGUCAACCUGUACACCGUUCCUCGGGUGUCCCCUAACGUCACCUUACUAUCACUGAAACAGAAUCACAUUAAGAACCUCCCUGCUGAGGUUUUUGUCCAGUUCACAGAGUUAGAGAAACUGUUUUUGCAGUGUAACUGUAUUGAGACUGUCUCCAGCAGUGCGUUUGUGGGGCUGCACAGGCUACAGAAACUAUACCUCAGCCAGAACUGCAUCCAAGUAUUGACAGCAGGCACGUUCAAAGAGCUCCACAACUUACAGUGGCUAAUUCUGGACGAUAACCCCAUUAAAAUCAUCCCCAGCCAGCUGUUCAUUGGACUGAAGUCUUUGUUCUUUAUGUCCAUGGUCAACAACUCACUGGAACAGCUUCCGAGAAGUGGACUGUGCUCUGACACUCCUGCUCUCAACUGGCUUGACUUUGACAGGAACCUAAUCAAGCAGUUGAACUCUUCAAUAUUUGCCUCCUGUGGUUUCCUCACUGUGCUGGAUCUGUCAGGAAACAAGCUGCACCACCUGCCUGCUAACAUCUUCCAGGAUCUGGGGUCUCUCGAGACUCUAAAUCUUUCUGGCAACAAUGUGAGUCACAUUCACCUGAGUCAGUUUGAUAGCCUGGUCUGCGUGCGCUCCCUAGACCUUGACGGAAUUGAGAUCCCAAAUAUUCACGUGCGGAUGUUUGCUCCAAUGAAGAACCUGACUCACAUCUACUUCAAGACAUUCCAGUACUGCCGGCUGGCACCCCAUGUGCGGAGCUGCAAGCCCAACACGGAUGGGAUCUCCACGGUCGAGGACCUCCUUGCCAGCCUGGUACUGCGCGUCUGUGUCUGGGUCAUCGGCUUCCUCACCUGCUUUGGGAACCUCUUCGUCAUCUGCAUGCGCUGCUGCAUCCGCGCCGAGAACCAGCUGCACGCGCUCGGAAUCAAGUGCCUCUGCUGUGCGGACUGCCUGAUGGGGGUGUACCUGUUCUUCGUGGGGGUGUUUGAUGUGAAGUACCGGGGGGAGUAUAACCAGCACGCCCAGCUCUGGAUGGAGAGUACCCAAUGUGGGAUGAUGGGCUUCCUGGCCAUGCUGUCCAGCGAAGUGUCGGUCAUGCUGCUCGCCUACCUGUCCCUGGAGAAGUGUCUGGCCAUCGCCUUCCCCUUCAGCACCAUGAGACCGGGCCGCUGCCAGACCCUCAUCGUCCUUCACUCCAUCUGGGUCCUGGGCUUCGUCAUCGCGCUCAUCCCGCUCCGCAACCAGGAGUACUUCGGGAAUUACUACGGCCGCAACGGGGUCUGCUUUCCUCUCUACUCCGACGAGACUGAGAAACCCGGAGCCAAAUACUACUCCAUCGGGAUCUUUCUUGGGCUGAACGUGCUGGCGUUCCUGGCGAUCCUGCUGUCCUACGUCACCAUGUUCCUGUCUAUCCGCAAGAGCAGCCUGCACCUAAGCGCCAAGACACGGCAGCUGAGGCAUGACGUGGCCAUGGCGCACCACUUCUUCUUCAUCGUGUUUACCGACGCCCUCUGCUGGAUACCCAUCAUCAUCCUCAAGGUGCUCUCACUGCUGCAGGUCCAGAUCCCAGGGACAGUGACCUCGUGGGUGGCGAUAUUCAUUCUGCCCAUCAACAGUGCCUUGAACCCCAUCCUGUACACCCUCACCACCAGCUUCUUCCGAGAGAAGGUCAAGAUGUCUCUCUCUAGGGCGCAGAGGAGGAACACUGAAAGCUUGUCCAAGAACUCCUCGGGGAUGAAGCUCACCUUUCUGAGAAUUGGAGGAGCACAAAUCUGAAGGGGCUUGGAAGUGACAUGCACAAAAAAAUAGAACAGUAUUCAUUUAUUAAAAAAAAAAAAAUCUGAUUAUUGCGUGAUCCAAAGAAUGGUGAAGAUCUUUGUCCAAAUCCCAAAGAGAUCUGACUGAAACACAAAAAUAUAACAUGAGCUGCGGGGAGCAUCGGUGGACAGCGCUCGCCAUCACGGGAUCACUUUCUCAUUAAUUCCACUUGGAAGACAUUUUUAUAUUGACGGAAGAGUUGUACAAGGGCUAUUUCAACAUGCUUGUUUCUCCACAGCUAGAGCUGGUGUGGGGUCUUUUCAUGCCGUGCUGUGCAGAUGGUGGCUGAAAAUCUCAUGAAAACUUGUUUUGUUGCACAGUAGCACUGCAAAUUGUCAUACAGAACACACACCACAGCAGUGAGCAAGACCACCAUACCACUGGCAAAUGCCAAAACAUCUACUAAUGGUUGCACAGGCUGGCAGUGAUCUUCCCACAAGAGGUGCCAGGGGCAAUGCUACAGGCUGUUACAAUGUUUUGUUGCUAAACCGAACUACAGUAUGUCUAUAUAUAGAGAUACAGACAAACAGUAUAUAUAUAUACAAAGAUCAAAGCUAUCUGGUAUAAGGGUAAGAACUGCUGGUGGACUGUUUAAUGUAGAACAGACCCAAUGCUGAGAUAAAGUUUAUAUAAGAUUUAGAGACGCCUCUGCAUGCCAGCAAAUUCCUGCUGGUCAUCCGUGAAUAAUAGUGGUGCAUCAUAAACUAGCACAAAGAUGGGUGGCAAGAGGUUAGCAGAACUCAGCCUUAUAAAAGUUUGCAGCAGUAAACUUGCGUGGUCAUUUUGCAGUUGACUGUGUUUUUUCCAAUGCUGGUGCCGUGUAUUUAUCUUGCUUCACCAGGUGUUCCCCAUGCUUCACUGCACAACUGUGGAUUACAUUGCUUUCUGGACCUGUGCUUGAUUUCACUGUGCUUUUACUCUGCUUUCCUACACUUGCUGUGUUUUUAUCAUGGUAUACUGCUGUAAACUUUUAAAGUGGUAUAUAAGAUCUAGUAAGGGUUGUGUGA